UGGUACUUCCUCUCUACUGAGAGGAAAUCCUGGACUGAGAGCAGGCAGGACUGUCUGGGGAGAGGCGCACACCUGGUGAUCAUUAACAGCAGAGCUGAACAGGUGAGAGGGAGGAGAGAGUUAUAUUUUUGAUAAUUUCAACAUUUUGUUACUAUUUCAACUCCUGUUUGUUUUUCACUUUAUCAUGCCACUAUCUUUAACCGAUGUUUGCCCUCCCCCACAAAAGCAUGUUUGUAAAAUGAUGGGAUCUUUUCUUUGUGCCAAAACAAUAGGAAUUUAUCCAUGAAUGGAGUGGAUGCCUGGACAUCUACCUUGGUUUCCAUGACACCAAUACAGAGGGGGUUUGGGAGUGGAUUAACGAUGGCCAAUUAGGCCAAUUAUCAGCUCCUGGCACUACGUGAGUGGACCUGUUCUGGAUUAUAUUUUACCAUCUAAUUUGUAACAAAUUCAUUUUUACCGUCUGAUUAUCUGUGUUAUUACUGGAUGACUUUUUACUGUCUGUUUCUAUGUGCUUCAUUCUAUAGUUAGGACUCCUGAAUUGGAGGGGGAGUUGUUUCACCUCUUUUCUGAGUGUAUAUAACCAGCUUCUCAGGCUCCAUCUCAGUGUGAUUCAUUUUACAGUUUGAGGACUCGUCUCAAAACUAAGACCGUCGCUGAAACAAAGACGCUUCUGCCGAGUUGUUCUGCAGAGUUAUUGAAGGAAGGCGCCACACAACUCUCUCACUUGAGUGUCUUACGUAGUCAUUUUCUGAUUAUCUCAUUUUGCUAUUUUGUAGCUAUGGCAACUAUGUGUGUGUUUUCUAUACCUGUUCACCCAUCUCCCUGUAGGCUUUACAGACGCUCCCCACCCCUAGACUACAACCCUUCUAAUUUAGUGUUACCUGUGCGCACAACCCAUGUGGAAAUCCUCUUCUCUGGCAGUGUUUGGAAAUGCCGAUCUGCAGUCAAGAACACAGAGUUCAUCUCAGCCUAUGCUGCCCUUCAGUCCCUUGACUUUUUGGCCCUGAUGGAGACAUGGAUCACCCCAGAGAACACUGCUACUCUAGCUACUCUCUCUUCAUCUAACUGCGUUUUCUCUCAUAGUCCGAGAGCAUCUGGUCGUGGCGGUUGUGGCACAGGGCUACUCAUUUCUCCUGAGUGGAGAAUUUCUCUUUUCUCCCUCUCUCACCUGUCCAUCUCCUCAUUUGAAUUCCAUGUUGUCACUGUCAAUUCUCCACUCGAGCUUAACAUUGUUGUUAUCCAUCGUCCAUCAUGUGCCCUUAGAGAGUUCCUCAAUGAGCUUGACACCUUAAAGCUAAUUUCCUGACAAUGGCUCAGCGCUCUUUAUACUUGACAACGUACACCUCCUGACGUCUGCCUUCGAUUCAUUUCUUUCCAUCGCUCUAUUUUCCCUCCUUGCCUCUUUUGACCUACCCUUCCCCAGUCCCCUCCCACUCACACGCUUGACCUCAUCUUUACUAGAGGCUGUUCACCUACUAUCUCACAGCAACACCCCUCCAGGUCUCUGAUCACUACUUUGUUUCCUUUUCUGUCUCCCUUUCCUCCAACCCUAACCAGUCAGCCCCUAUCCAGAUGGUCAUGUGCCGUCGCAAUCUUUGCUAUCUCCCACUGCUCUCCCCUAUUCUAUCCUAUCAUCUCUCCCUUCUGCUAUAUCCUUCUCCCUCCUGUCUCCCGAUUCUUCCUUUUCAACCCUACUUUCCUCCCUUUCCGCAUUCUAUGACUCGCACUGUCCCCUUUCCUCCCAGGCCGGCUUGGCCCUCCCCUCCUGCCCCAUGGCUGAGUGACUCAUUGCGAGCUUACAGAAUAGGGCCUUGGGCAGCUGAGCGAAAAAUUAGGAAAACGUAACUUCCGGAGGAGCUAUUAUCCUUUCACUCCCUCCUCUCUGCCUUCUCCUCCUCUGUAUCUGCUGCUAAAGCCACUUUCUACCACUCUAAAUGUCACACUUCUGCCUCUAACCCUAGGAAACUCUUUUCCACCUUCUCUUCCCUCCUUAAACCCCCCCCACCCCCCCAAUCAAUUAAACCGAGACUGCUCUUCUCUGUGUCACGGAGGUUCUCCGCACUGCCAAAGCUGAUUCUCUCUCCUCUGUUUUCUCAUCCUCCUAGAUUUAUCCGCUGCCUUCGACGCCGUGACCCAUCAGAAAUUCUUCUCACUUCCCUCAUCAACUCAUCUCUGACCACUGGCUGCAUCCCCUCUGACUUCAGAAUGGCCCGAUUCGCUCCCCUCCUCAAAAGACCAACACUCGACUCCUCUGAAAUCAAAAAUGGUUGCACAUAUGACCCGGGUUCUCUUUACACCAAGUCCCUAGGCUCAGUCAUAUCCUCACAUGGUCUCUCCUAUCAUUGCUUUGCAGAUGACACUCAACUACUUUUCUCCUUCCCUCCUUCUGACACCAAAGUGGCGACAUGCAUCUCUGCGUGCCUGGCAGAUAUCUCAACUUGGAUGUUGGCCCACCACCUCAAGCUGAACCUCGACAUGACGGAGCUGCACUUUCUCCUGGGGAAGGCCUGUCUGCUCCAAGACCUCUCCAUCACAGUUGACAACUCCACAGUGUCCCCCUCCAAGACUACAAAGAACCUUGGUGUGACCCUGGACAACACCCUGUUGUUCUAUGCAAACAUUAAAGCAGUGACUUGCUCCUGCAGGUUAAUGAUCUACAAAAUGUGUAGACUAUGACCCUACCGCACACAGGAAGCGGCACAGGUCCUAAUCCAGGUACUUGUCAUCUCCCGUCUGGACUACUGCAACUCACUUUUGGCUCCCCACUUGUUCCAUCAAACCCCUGCAUCUUAUCCAGAACUCUGCAGCCCGCCUGGUGUUCAACUUUCCCAAGUUCUCCCAUGUCACCCUGCUCCUCUGCACACUCCACUGGCUUUCUGUCGAAGCUCACAUCCACUACAAGACCAUGGUACUUGCCUACGGAGCAGCAAGAGGAACUGCCCCUCCCUACCUUCAAGCUAUGCUCGAACCCUACACCCCAACCCGAGCACUCACUUCUGCCACCUCUGGUCUCUUGGCCCUCCCACCCCUAUGGGUGCCCAGUCCAAGCUCUUCCCCCUGAAGCUAAGACAGCAGACUCCCUGCCAAUCUUCCGAAAACAUCUGAAAGCGGAGGUUUGAUUAGCUCGGUGGAGUUCUUUGUAUUUUGUAUCGCCUGGUUAUUUUCACCCGUGUGCUUCGUUGUUUUCCAGUGCGCCUGUUUUCUGCACUGGAGUGUUUGACACAUUGCUGCGUACUACUGUGUUUUGGAAUAAACCUUUUAUUCUGUGAUUUGCCCUCCUUCGCCUGACUCCUUCAAAUCACUCACCACAGAAUCACACACCUGAACAUGGAGUCAGCAGGAGAAGCGAACAUGCUGGGAGUCGUGGCACGGGUCCCGGAGCAUUCUGAUAUGCUAGCUAGCUUGGGAGAAGCGAUGGAUCGAGUUCUCCAGGUCGUCCAACGCCUGGAGAGGAGAGGACCCGAUCCUUCGAGACCAGCUGAGCGACCGUAUCCAGCCACCCACACCCUAGCUCCCAGAGGGAUUCACCUAUCCCGACCUAGGGAGUAUGACGGGACAGCUUCCCGCUGCCAGGGAUUCCUCCUGCAGCUGGACCUCUUACUUCACAACCAUCAGCCCGGCCCCAUCAGAGCGGGAGAAGGUGUCCGCCCUCGUCUCCUGUCUCUCGGGGAAAGCCCUGGAGUGGGCCAACGCGGUUUGGAGUGAAGGAGGAGCCACGUUGGACAACUGCGGGGAGUUCGCUCGCCUCUUCCGGGCAAUCUUCGACCACCCGCCCGAAGGGAGAGAGGCGGGCGAGCGGCUGGUCCAACUGAGGCAGGGGACGAGGACCACGCAGGACUUCGCCCUGGAGUUUCAUACUCUAGCGGCUGGGUCCGGGUGGAACGAGCGGGCCCUCAUCUACCAUUUCCAGUGCAGCCUGCGAGAGGAUGUCUGAAGGGAGCUAGCCUGCCGGGAUACCAUGUUGACUUUUGACCAGCUGGUGGACAUGGCUAUCCGGCUGGACAACCUGCUAGCUACAAGAGGAUGUCCUGGAGGGGGCCUGCCCGUUCCACCUCCGAUCCAGGAGAAUGGAGGACGACAGCUUCAGUGUCACUCUUGUGGCAGGAGAGGACAUUCAGCUGCACGCUGUCGUCAGGGUUCUUCCGGGUCAGGAGGUUGCAGGCAGGGCACUCUCGCGUCACCGCAGGCAGCGCAAACCCACCCUCGUUCAGAGCCCUCUGCUGCGCAUUGCACCAUACACGUCACCUUCCCUGAUUACACAGUAGUUUCCCAGUGUAAGGCACUGGUCGAUUCAGGCGCAGCUGGAAACUUUAUGGACAGGUUUUUUGCUCAUGGUCUAGGUAUUCAAUUGGUACCCCUUCCACUGCCCAUCAAAGCACUUGACAGUCAACCAUUAGGGUCAGGAUUCGUUAGGAAAGUUACUGCACCAGUCACGAGGGUUACGCACAAGACCCAUAGACAGCAAGUCAAAUGUUUUUAUUAUUGAGUCUCCCGAUUUCCCUGUUCUGUUGGAUCUUCCCUGGUUAGCACUACACAACCCCACCUUUUCAUGGCCACAGAGGGUUCUCACGGGGUGGUCGCAAGAGUGUCAGGGUAGGUGUCUAGCUGUUUCAAUUGGUGCAACCACGGUGGAAAGUCCAGACACUACCUCCACCGUGCGCAUUCCAUCCGAAUACCUUGAUUUGGCGUACGCGUUUUCCAAAACGCAGGCGACCAAAUGACCAACUCAUCGGUCGGGGGAUUGUGCGAUAAACCUCAGGGUAGACGCUGUGCCUUCCAGGAGUCAUGUGUAUCCCCUGUCGCAGGCUGAAAUGGAGGCGAUGGAAACAUACUUUGCCGAGUCCUUGCGCCAGGGGUUCAUAUGUCCCUCCACUACGCCUGCCUCCUCGAGUUUCUUUUUUGUGAAGAAGAAAGACGGAGGUUUGCGCCCGUGCAUUGAUUACCGAGCACUAAACAAGGGGACAAUACGUUAUAGUUAUCCUCUACCCCUCAUUCCAUCAGUAAUCGAGUCAAUGCAUGGGGCGUUUUUCUUCACAAAAUUAGAUAUCUGGAGUGCGUACAUCCUGGUGAGUGUCCGAGAGGGGGACUAGUGGAAGACAGCAUUCAGCCCAACCACGGGGCAUUACGAAUACCUGGUGAAGCCGUACGGUUUGAUGAAAACUCCAUCCGUCUUCCAGUCCUUUUGUGAACGAGGUGUUUCGGGACAUGCUUGGUCGCGGUGUAGUGUUCAACAUCGAUGACAUUCUGGUGUAUUCCGCUACGCGCGCCGAGCAUGUGUCCCUGCUUCGCAAAGUACUGGGCUGGCUGUUGGAACAUAACCUUUAUGCCAAGGCAGAAAGGUGUCUGUUUUCCCAACAGUCCGUCUCCUUCCUCGGAUACCGCAUUACCACCUCAGAUGUGGAGAUGGAGGGAGAUUGCAUUACAGCCGUGCGUAAUUGGCCGACUCCAACCACGGUAAAGGAGGUGCAGCGCUUUAUUGGCUUUUCCAACUACUAUUGGAGGUUUAUCCGGGGCUUUGGCAAGGUCGCAGCUCCCAUCACAUCUCUGUUGAAGGGUGGGCCGUCCCGGCUCCGCUGGUCUGCUGGGAUAGGCGCAGUCCUAUCUCAACGCUCGGGCAUGCUACCCAAGCUCCGCCUCUGUGCCUUCCUCUCCAAGAAGCUCAGCCUGGCGGAGCAGAACUACGAUGUUGGUGAUCGGGAGCUGUUGGCUGUUGCCAGAGCCCUGAACGUGUGGAGGCACUGGCUCGAGGGGGUGAAACACCCUUUCUUCGUCUGGACGGACCACCGUAACCUGGAGUACAUCUGGGCAGCAAGGAGGCUGAACCCUGGCCAGGCCAGGUGGGCCCUAUUCUUCACCCGGUUUGUUUUUACACUGUCUUACAUCCUGUGUGCGAAGAACUUUAAGGCAGACGCAAUGUCACAGCUGUACGACACAGAGGAGAGGCCAAUAGACAAAACUCCCAUACUCCCGGACAUCAUGCAUUGUGGCGCCAGUAGUAUGGGCGAUGGACGCGGACAUAGAGCGGGCGUUACGCACAGAGCCAUCUCCACCUCAGUGUCCAGCUGGGCUGCAGUACGUGCCGUCUCUUGUCCGUGACCGUCUAAUCUAUUGGGCUCACACGUACACCCCCUCCUCUGGUCACCUAGGUAUCGGCCGUACAGUGCGCUGCCUGACCAGAAAAUAAUGGUCCACCUGUGUAUUGACUUUCUCACUGAUCUUCCCCUCUCUCAGGGUAACACCACCAUCCUGGUCGUUGUGGACAGCUUUUCAAAAGCCUGCCGCCUCCUUCCUCUGCCCAGUCUCCCCACUGCCCUGCAGUCUGCGGAGGCCCUGUUUACUCAUGUCUUCCGGCACUAUGGGGUGCCAGAGGACAUAGUGUCUGACCGGGGUCCCCAGUUCACAUCCAGGGUCUGGAAGGCGUUCAUGGAACGUCUGGGGGUCUCGGUCAGCCAGACCUCUGGGUUUCACCCUGAGUCUAAUGGGCAGGUGGAACGGGUGAAUCAGGAUGUGGGUAGGUUCCUGCGAUGCCAGGACCAGCCGGGGGAGUGGUCGGUGUUCUUUCCAUGGGCCGAAGAUGCCCAGAACUCUCUCCGCCACUCCUCCACUAACCUAUCGCCAUUUCAAUGUGUUUUAGGUUAUCAGCCGGUUCUGGCACAGGUGGCAUCAGAGCCAGACCGAAGCUCCUGCGGUGGAUGACUGGUUUCGGCAUGGUUUCGGAGGAGACUUGGAACGCUGCUCACGUCCACCUCCAGCUCGCCGUGCGUCGCCAGAAGGCCAACGCUGACCGACAUCGCAGUGAGGCCCCUGUCUUUGUACCGGAUGAUCGGGUCUGGCUCUCGACCCGGAAUCUGCCCCUCCGCCUGCCCUGACGGAAGCUGAGCCCACUGUUUGUGGGGCCGUUCAAAGUCCUGAGGAGAAUAAACGAGGUUACCUAUAGUUUACUACUCCCUCUAGAUUACCGUAUUAACCCCUCGUUUCAUAUGUCUCUCCUCAGGCCGGUGGUGGUUGGUCCGCUCCAGUACUCCGUCCGUUCCAUCCUGGAUUUGAGGCGUCGGGUGGGGGGCCUUCAGUACCUCGUGGAUUGGUAGUGUUACGAUCCGGAGGAGCGUUGCUGGGUCCCGGUGAGGGAUAUCCUCGAUCCCUCCCUGUUGCGGGAUUUCCACCGUCGCCAUCUGGUUCACCCUGCUCCGCGUCCUCCUGGCCAUCCCCGAGGCCGGUGUUGGCGCCCUGCUGGAGCUGUGCAUCAAGGGGGGGGGGAGUACUGUCACGACUUCCUCCGAAGCUGCCUCCUCUCCUUGUUUGGGCAGGCUUCGGUGUUCAUCGUCACCAGCCUUCUAGCCACUGCCGCUCCUCAUCUCAUCAUUCCAUUGGUUUUGUCUUGUUUAUUACACACACCUGGUUCAUAUCCCCUCAUCAGUACCUGUAUAAGUGUUCCCUCUGCCCCCUUGUCUUUGUGUGUAAUUGUUUAUUGUGGAGGUUCGAUUAGCUCGGUGGAGCUCUUUGUAUUUUGUAUCGCCGGGUUAUUUUCACCCAUGUGCUUCGUUUUUUUUCCAGUGCGCCUUUUUUCCGCACUGGAGUGUUUGACGCAUUGUUGCGUGCUACUGUGUUUCAGAGUAAACCUUUUAUUUGGUGAUUUGCCUUCCUGCACCUGACUCCUUCAAAUCACUCACCACACUGAUAGCUUCUUUAUUGAGGAAAAAUGUACUUACUAUGACAGUGAUAUGUGGUUGCCCCACCUAGUUAUCUUAAGAUGAAUGCACCAACUGUAUGUCACUCUGGAUAAGAGCGUCUGCUAAAUGACUCAAAUGUAAAUGUCAUAUGUAUGUGUUGGAUGUCAUUUUACCUUCUGUUUCCCUGUGUUGUUCCAAGUUACUUUUUACCAUCUGAUUUUCUGUGUUGUUCCAUGUGACUUUUUACUGUCUAUAUGUGCUGUAGCCAGUUUGAUUGCUUUUUUGAUUACUUUUUGCCAUCUGUUUUGGUGUCUUGUUUAUAGGUAUUGGGGGGAUGGGGAACCAAACAAUGCAAAUCAGGGUGAAGACUGCGCUCAUCUCUCAAAGAAGGAAUCAGACCCACUAAAGAGUUGGAACGACGUACCAUGCACAACGAAUAUCCACUGGGUGUGCGAGAAGAUGGCGUCCACAUUG